GUUUGAAAAUUACCGUAGAAACGAAGACACGUGACUUAGGAAAUGCCAGUGCACAAUAUAGAUAAGAAAUUGUGAUUGAAAAUAUGAAAAUUUUAUUACUUAUCAGCUUCUUAGUAAUUAGUUUAAACAGUGUUAAAUCCAAGGUUGUGAAAGGGAGAAUACUGACAAGAGAUGACUGGUCUUUUUUAACAAGAUUUUGCUUCUUAUCUGAUGUCGGGGAGAUGAUUUUUAAGUUUAAAUAUCCUCUGGACUUUCAACCAGAAAAUAUUUUAUUAUAUUUCGACGACCAAUGGCCGAAUGUCUACAAACAAGGAAAAGUACGCAAAUUUAUUUAUAUUCUUAUCAUUUCCACAGACAUACGACAUGGGCUAUGAGGCCCAUCAACGCGUUCUUUUAUAUUUCGACGAUCAAUGGCCUAAUGUCUAUGGUAAAAAGACAUCAUCCAAGAGCUGCCCGGAAAAGGAAUCCGUUCUAAAACCGGAGAAUAACCAAGUAAUAAAUUUAACCACGAGAUACGCUUGGUCUGGCUGCAGAAUUGAAAAAGACAAUGGAGUAGAUAUAUAUAAUUGCUCCGGUUCAAGAAGCUUUAAGUCAGCUAGAGAACGUUGGUGGUUUAUUGCCGUCUCCAAUUGUAAUAGUAAAUAUGGUUUAUUUUUGGAAUAUGACAUUACUAUGACUAAUGGAAAUGGUCUCUUUUCUAAACAUUUCUCAGCCGAUGAAUUUUAUAUAUUAGAAACGAAUAUGGGAUUCUUAAUAGCUCAUUGGAUGAUUUUACUAUUGUCUACAUAUGUAGCCUUACGACUGAAAGCGCGUCAACUGUUUCAUACAACUUAUAAAAUGUAUAUGGUCUCUUUAGUAUGCGAAGUGUUAUUCCUAUUUAUAACUUGCAUCUAUCUUGGAAAAUACGCUAACGACGGCUUGGAGAACAGAGGAAUAAAGACUUUUGGACGAAUUUUCGAAUCGCUUUCAACACUGUUAUUCUUGCUUAUGCUGAUACUAAUGGGAAAAGGUUAUACCAUAACAAGAGGAAGAAUUAGUCAAUGGGGAACGAUAAAAAUUGCCGUUUUCAUGACUAUUUACGUAUUUGUUUAUGUUGGAUUGUUCAUUUAUCAAACACAGGUCUUUGAUCCUGGUCUUGUCUUAUACCUGUACGAAUCACCAGCUGGUUACGGAUUGAUUGGCCUUCGAUUAGUGGGGUGGAUAUGGUUUUGCUAUGCAAUUUUCUUUACAUUAAAGCAUUAUCCAGAAAAGUCUCGCUUUUACUACCCCUUCUUUAUCUUCUAUACUCUAUGGUUUUGGUUAUUUCCUGUAACAUUCUUCACUAUGACUUGGGCAGCUGAACCAUGGAUUCGACCAUUUGCUAUUAACUUUGCACUUCGCCUUCAAAUAGCGUUCCUUUCGUUUGUCUUUCUAGUAAGUUAUCUUUAAAAAAAAGAGCAUUAAGUUAUAAAGAAGUUGAUCUUGCCUUCCUCCCCCAAAAUCAGCCGUACCAUUCCACCGCUCGGCAUAUUAAUGAACAUUAACCUAUUCAAUUUUAUUGGUAUAUUUUAGAUAAAAUGAUAAUUCUUAAUGAUUAAUUUGCUUCAAACCCAGCUGUUAUACCAGCUAAAGCAUCCAGUGUUUAUGAUUAAAAGAUUUGCUACCUCCCUAUAUAUUUACAUAUAAAAUUUAUAUAUAUUUAUAUCUAAACAAGUAUAUAAGUAUUUUAUUAUUUAUUGGUUUGUAAAUAUGUAUUAGGUUUUGGUUAUUGAUCGUCAUUGUUCUGAUUGCGAUGUAUGUUAUGGAUAAAUGGGCUCGGGAAAAAGUUGUGGUCAUUUUUGAAAAUUCAUGUCAAUUCGGUGGCUAUUUUUUGUUUUUGGUGAGGGACAAAAAAAAAGUUUUCAUAAAUAAUGUGAAGGAAAGAUGAGACAUUUCCCCCUCUUGCCCCCUUCUAUUCUUUUAAACGCCCACAAUUUUAUAAUAGAGGCGUAAGAAACUCCACCCUUUUCCUUGUUUAGUUCUCCUAAUUAAGAAUGCUAGGCAGGAGUUACUCUGUGAAAUUUGAUAGAAUGUGGGUAAAGGGGAAAAUUCUCUUCUCUCCUUAACUUCUACAUUGUCUUGAAGAUUAUUAGUGCCCUCUAUUAAAAACAAAAUGCUUAAGCAACGCAACUCAUAGUCAACUCUAUGUAUAAGUUUACUUUUUUUUUAGAUAUUUACUGUAUAUGUAUUUGGUACAUAGAAAAAAGAGCUUCUAUUAGCUUCCUCAAUCUCUAUAUUAUCUUCAGGUUUUUGGCUAUGCCUGUAUUCGCUUUGAUCGCCUAUUAUGCCAUUGAUAAAUGGGCUCGAGAGAAAGUUGUAAAUGGAGUGGAAGUUUCUAUAGCUUUCCUAGCUCAUAUCUCAUUUUUGGUAGGAAAACAUAUAUAUAUAUAUAAAACUAAUAAAAAACCUCACAUCUUUUCUUAUAUAUAAAACGAUACUAAUUAACAUUUUAACACAAUUUUUUAUUUUAUAUAUUAAAAACGAAAAUUUUAAUUAAAAAUUUCCUUUUCUUGUUUUUUUUAUAAAAAGAGAUUGUUUUUAAUUAAAUUAACAAAAUUAAUAUUUUCUGCACUGGAAUUUAUUUAUUAAUUUCAUUAUUUAUAUUUCUUUUUGCACAUUUUAAAUAUUGAAAAAUUUAGACUUAUUACUUUUCGCUAUUGAGAAUUCUUAAAAUUAGAUGGAAAUAUUCAUUUAUGCACUAACUUAAUAAUUAUGAAUAAUUAAUUUAUUAAUAUUCGUAUAUUUGCUAUUUACACGUAUAGCUAUUACUUUUUUAAAGUUGUUUUUGCUUGAUAUAUAUGAUUUAUUUGUUGUUGGAGUUUUCUUUAAUCUUUACAUCUAUUGUCUUUUCUUUAUCUCUCUCUCUCUUUUUUUUUCUUUUGGAAGCACUUGACAAACGAAAAUCGUGAUUAUAAUUACCUUAUUUCUUUCAAUAUUCCAUUUUUUAGAUAUUGACGAGGCCGUCAGCUGCUAAUUCAAACUUUCCAUAUCACGUUAGAACUACUCAAAUUGGAGUAAUGCAUAAUGCUCCACACGAAGCUGGCGGGAUACCUACAACUGCAGGAGCGGACACAGAUUCGUUUCCCACUCAUAGUUACGCUCCGAGUGCGGGUAAGUUAAUAUAGAUCGACAAAGUCUUGUGAAUAGCCAACACUAUUUCAAAAAUAGAUGAAGUAUUUCAGUAGUACAAGAGAUGGUCGACGAUCUUUCUAAAUAAUUACAAUCGUUUUUUCUUAAUACCAGCUGAUUACGCGCCUACAGGAGGACCAAAUUUCUCCGAACUCUUCACAGUAUCAAACGACUACUCAAACAAUUUAAAGACAAAUCCAGUGAGUUUGAAAUAGAAUUCUAGAUAAUUGCGUUGUCUUUUAUCCUUCAUUUAAAAGCCUCAAAUCAAUGCUAUUGAAAUCAGCUUAGGCCUGACCACGCUAUUAUAAUUGUUUUAUUAUAUUGACAUAUAUAUAUAUAUAUAUAUAUAUAUAUAUAUAUAUAUAAAGCUUUACUCGAUUCACCUAUUUUAAGAAAAGGAAACUUAAAUUUAUAUUAACUGGUAAUAAGAAAAAACCGAGAAAGAAGGGAGAUUUUCUUUCAUGACUAGAUUGAAUAUAAAACUAGAUAAUUAUAUUACUUUUUAACAUUUUAGAAUCAGCCUCCAGAAAGUAAAAAUGAAUAUCAACCGCAAAAUGUCAAAUCUCCAGUCGACGAUCCUUUCGUUACUCAGAAAUAGACUUGAAAGAAAAAAAAGUUUAACCUCUCCAAAAAAUAAUGAAAUUAAAUACUUAACAUUCUAUUUACGUUAUAAAAUUGUCUUAGGUUUAAAGAAACUCCUAGCAAAAAAGCAGCCACCUAUUCUACUUGUAUUAACUAUCAUUAUUAUUACUUACUAUUGAUAUUUUAUGCUCAGUAAAUUGAUGUUAUAAUUUUUGUUUGUAUUUGUUUUCAUUCCAUUGUUUAAUAUGAGAAUUAUGCUGUUUUUUCUUCGUUUUUAUCUUAUUAGCGUUUUGUCAAGAAAACUGUUAACAUUAACUAAAUCCGUGGCCAUGACCUUUAUAUAUUUUUUAUUAAAUUACUAUUCAAACGAGAACAUAUUUUAUAUAAUAUAGGCAGUAUUACCACAAAAUUUUAUACAAAUAUGUAUAUAUAUACUGUAUAUAUAUAUAUAUAUACUAAUAUAUAUAUAUUGUAUAAAUUAUACAGUAUCAU